AUGGAUGUAAUAAAAAAUAAUAAUUGUAGUAGUUAUAAUAUUAAGGAAAACAAUCAUAACAAACUUAAAUUAAAGAAACAAAAUUGCUGUGUAAUCACUUGCUUUAUAUUUUACAUAUUUUGUAUAUCAACUAUUAACAAUCUAGACAAGUACUUGCAUCUAACAACGUCGCGUUACAUCCUAACGUACUCGAAUAUUUUGUAUUUCAUAUCUUUUCUAUCAUUAGGAGUGCAGGUUGAAUUAUUAAUUGGAUUAAGAUGUGGAAUAUUACCAGUAGAUAAAUAUCUGAAGAAGAUUAAAAAAAAGUUAAAAGAUAUUGACUUUUUUUUAGUGUACCAUAUAGUGCUUUUUGUGUACAAAUUCUGGAAAUAUGUAAUAAGGAAGAGGAUAAAGGUGAAGACAUUUUGCAAAGUUGGGGUAUUGUUAUCAAUUUUAAAUUUUUUAAUUCAAAAACGUAUACAGAAUGAUUUUUUUAGAAUAUUUCUUUCCUUGAUUUUGUUUAUUGUCCUAUUUAUUUUGCACAUUUGCUUCAAAAUUGUGAUGAGGGAUUUUAUGAUUUUUCAGUGCGACUUAUUAAUGAAUGAGUUGGGGUUUCUUUUAAUAUUUUUAAAUUUAUCGGACAGCUACUAUUUGAAAAACUCAAACACAUUAGUAAUUUGUCUUCUGCGGUUAGUUUCUUUUAAAAUUUUGUUUAAUUCAGCAGCUCAUAAGUUUGUUCAUAACAGUUCGCAGUGGUUACACCUGGAGUCUUUUCAAAAUUUAUUUUUCUGUCAACCUGUCCCUUCAAUACUCUCACAUAUAGCAAAUUGUAAAUUUGACAAAAAGUUGAUUUGUUUUUUGGUUAUCAUUUCCGAGCUUUUAUUUUCGUGGUUUAUUUUUUGCUCGUCAAGUUUGAGAAUAUUUUUUUUUGUCCUUUUUGUGAGUAAGAAACUGAGUAGUGUUCACAUAACCUGCUAUAUUAUCUGCAACUAUAUAUUUUUUUCUUAUAUUUGUUUAAUUUUGUUUUUUUCGUCUUUUGACGAUUCGAUUUUAAACUCAUUUUCUUAUUCGAGAGGAGUCCCUGCUCUUUAUAAGAAUAAUGCAAUUAUCAACACGUCGAUCUAUUUGUUGGUUUCUCUAGUGGACGUCAUCAUUCUACUAUUUUAUUUUUUUGUUGUCCUUAUCAAUUUUGUUCCUUUCACUGAACAGUGGAAUGUGUACGACUUCAAGUGCUUUCAUUUUGUUUACUACAUUUACUGCUUAUUUUGUCCCCUAAAUAUUUGUAAUUCCUAUGCUAUGCUAACUUAUACUCGUUCACACAGGGGGGAAAUCGUGAUAAAAGAAUUACACAAAAUGGGAGAGAGGUACGAAUGGAAACCUCUAUAUUUUAAGAACAAAAUAGAUAAUUUAAACAAAAUAGGGUCAGUUUUGUGGUGGGGCCAUUUGCCUAGGCUGGAAUGGAAACUGCAUUUUUUUGCCGAUUAUUUCAAAAAUGAAAAUUAUGAAAAGAACACAUAUCCAAUUUAUAUAUGCUCCUUUUUAAAGAAACUGUGCAUGCGGCAGGAGCACUUGGCGUCCAUGAUUGGUGAGGAGCAAAUGCGAAGAGUACCUCUGAUGAUAAGAUUAGCUUACUAUGACUACAAAAUGUCGAUGACAGGUUGA